GCGGGGAGACCAGAUGAAGCACAUCUGGACAGCUGUGCUGAGAAACUGUGCUGCCCCUUGGCGGCCCCGACGUCAGCGAGGCACGUCCCCCACGUCCUCUCCUUCUAGCCAUUUCUUAUUAACUCAUUGUCUCAAAGAAGUAACCAGGGACCCACGCUCAAAACUUUUCCACUCUCUAAUGUGAGAGGGGGCCCGAGCUCAUCCAACACCCAAUGUGAUUUUCAUGGGGUGCUGGGAUCAAAAGGAUAGAAGCAAGAACAACAAAAACCCAGCCGCUGUCUGAUUUUACACAGGCAGAGUGGGGAAAAUAGUGUUGAGUAAACAGACCAAGUUGGAUUAUGGGGAGUUUCAAAGGUCAUGCCCUCCCUGGAACCUUCUUCUUCAUCAUGGCUCUUUGGUGGAGCACCAAGAGUAUCCUGAAGCAUAUCUUCAGAAAGCAAAAGCGGACCUGCUACCUGGGUUCCAAAGCCUUAUUCCGUCGAGCAGAAAUUUUGGAGGGGACUGUGUUAGUCUGCAUGGCCUUAACUGGCAUGACUGGGGAGCAGUUCAUUCCUGGAGGACCCUACCUGACUUUAUAUAAAGAAGGCCAGUGGAACCAACUCAUGGGCUGGCAUCAUUUCACCAUGUAUUUCUUCUUUGGCCUGCUGGGUGUAUCCAACAUCUUAUGUUUCACCAUCAGUUCAAUUCCUGUCUCCUUACCCAGGCUAAUGCUGUCAAAUGCAUUAUUUGUGGAGGCUUUUAUCUUCUACAACCACACUCACGGCCGGCAAAUGCUGGACAUCUUUGUGCAUCAGCUGCUGUUCCUGGUGGUCUUUUUAACGGGCGUCGUUGCCUUCAUAGAGUUCCUGACACGGAACAAUGUGAUUCUGGAGCUUCUGCGGUCUAGCCUCACUCUGCUACAGGCGACCUGGUUCUGGCAAAUAGGUUUUGUUCUUUAUCCUCCUAGUGGAGGUCCGGCGUGGGAUCUGGCAGAUCAUGAAAACAGUGUGUUUCUAACCAUGUGCUUUUGCUGGCAUUAUGCACUAUCCUUCAUCAUCAUUGGAGCAAAUUAUGCUUUCCUCACAUGGCUAACAUCUGGGUCUCAACUCCUUAGGGGCUCGACUGCCUCCAAGAAGAGUACCAACAUUCAAGGAAACCCAGUACCUCAUGUCAGCUCCCUUCCAGAACCAAAAGAAGACUAUAGUCUCUUCCUGUUUCAAAAUUCUUCAGAUCCUUGACAAACCUCUUUCUCACUUCCAGUUUUGUAGAGACUGGGACUCCGUUUUUAUGUCUUACCCUCUCAUUUUCACCUUCAUAAGUCAUUUUUUCUAAAUAGGCACAACUCUUACCCAGUAUAGUCACAUGAAAUGCAUAUUUCCCAUGAAAAGUCUUGUAGUUCUUCUUGCCCUUGUUUGUCUCCAAUGAGCAUGUUAUCAGUUGUGAUACACCUUGGGGUGUUGACGGUUGCCUCAUGUGUUACUGGCUAGUUUGUGUGUAUCUUCUUGAGAGAAAGACCCCUUGCAUUCUCCUCAUACUUCUUGGCACACUGCCUAACAUGUAAUAGCUGCUCAAUAAACACUUGUUGGCUCUUUUAAUAGAUCUGUGUUUC